AUGCCACGGGACGGCAGGCACUUGCCCACGUCCAGCCAAGGAGGCCGCGGUGGCCGCGCGCCGCGCAUCACCGAGCAGCCGGUGGACGUGGUGGUCCGCAAGCACGAGCCGGUGACGCUCCGGUGCGGUGCGGACGGCGACCCUCCUCCGCGCAUCACGUGGUUCCACGACGGGAAGACAGUGCGUGACUCGGCCACGCGCAUGGUCCUUCCCGAAGGACAGCUCUUCUUCCUGCAAGUGCAGCACAGCCGCCGGGAACAGGACACGGGACUCUACUGGUGCACGGCAGCCAACGCGCUGGGCACGGCCCGGUCGCGGAACGCCAGCGUCGAGCUCGCCGAUGAGGUGCAACUCCGCGGUCACAGUUUCAUAUACUUUUACCUCUUGGAAUCGACAGCUGAAAGUUGA